UCCGCAGCGCGAGACACACAACGCUGAAUAAGCUGCGAGAGAGAAGAGAUAGCCACUGUUGCUGGGGAGUAAACGAUGCUUACCUCUUCUUUGGAUUCAUUUGAAUUGCGAAAUUGUGGAUUUAUACGAAUUUGUGGAGGAUAUUGAAUUCAAAAGGAUAUUACACGGAAUUUAUACUGACACGAAUCAUCAUUAAAGGGGAAAGAGGGAGAGACGGUGCCAUGGCAGUUGACUUGUGAUUGCACCUAUAAGAGCCUAAAAGCCAACAGCCACCUGCAUUACUGUCAUCUCUAAGUUGGAACAUUAUCAUUAUGAAGAAAACGCCUAACACCCUCCCACUCUGUCUGCUUACCAUUCUGCUGCUGUCCCAGAUCUGCUCCGGCAUCAAAUGGCUGGCCCUAUCACACACACCCACGUCCUUACACAUCAACCAGACCCAGCACUGCAAGCUGCUGCCCGGCCUGGUGUCAUCACAAGCCCAACUGUGUCGGAGCAACCUGGAGCUCAUGCAGACCAUCAUCGCUGCAGCCCGCGAGGUCAAGAAGACCUGCCAGAAGACCUUCGCUGACAUGCGUUGGAACUGUUCCUCUAUUGAUAUCCCCAGUGACUCCUUGAGGUAUCGUCCGGACCUUGACAGAGGCACGAGGGAGUCAGCAUUCGUGUAUGCCCUGUCUGCGGCGGCCAUCAGCCACACCAUAGCGCAGGCGUGCACGUCGGGGGACCUGCGGCUGUGUUCGUGUGGCCCCAUCCCCGGGGAGAUCCCUGAGCCGGGCUACCGCUGGGGUGGCUGUGCAGACAACCUGCACUACGGCCUGGUCAUGGGCUCCAAGUUCUCUGACGCCCCCAUGAAGAUGAAGAAGGCAGGCUCCCACGCCAACAAGCUGAUGCACCUGCACAACAGUGAAGUGGGGAGACAGGCGCUGAGAGAUGCGCUGGUGAUGAAGUGUAAGUGUCACGGUGUGUCUGGCUCCUGCUCCAUACGGACCUGCUGGAGAGGCCUGCAGGACCUGAAGGACAUCGCCAUGGACCUGAAGACCAAGUACUUGUCAGCCACCAAGGUGGUGCACAGACCCAUGGGUACGCGCAAGCAGCUGGUCCCCAAGGACAUCGACAUCAGGCCCGUCAGAGAGAACGAGCUGGUCUACCUGCAGAGCUCUCCGGACUUCUGUGCCAAGAACGACAAGCUGGGUUCCGUCGGCACCCAGGACAGGCAAUGCAACAAGACGUCCAUCGGCAGCGACAGCUGUGACAUGAUGUGCUGUGGGCGUGGCUACAACCCCUACACAGAGAAGCUGGUGGAGCGCUGCCACUGCAAGUACCACUGGUGCUGCUAUGUCACAUGUAAAAAGUGUGAGAGGAUCGUGGAGAGAUACGUCUGCAAAUGAGUCCAUUUUGUCUACUUCAUCCACCCACCCACCUAACUGCCCCACGUCUCUGGGCUGGGGCCACAGAUAACCAAAGCACUACGUUACCAAGAAGGCUUACUUUUGUCUUAAGCUUUAGCAUGUAUAUUUUGACAAGAAACUGUUUAUUUUUGUUCAUUAUUUUUAAUUAAACUCUGACUCACAAGCUGGACUUAAAACGUUUUCCAUUUUACGAACGCAGACACAUGGGUGUUGUGACAAUGCCUAUCGGUUUACGUGAAGACCACCGUCCUCGAGGGUUUUUUCUUUUUUCUUUCCUUUCAUAAAUGUGCAUUACACUUGCCGUACUCGGAUAUCAAAUGUCUAUUUUCGUAUACUUUUAUUAAAAUAAAUGAUAUUGGAUUUGGGUUUUUUGAGGAGAGGGACGGUAGUCUCCUCGUUUGCUGUUGGGGGUGUACUUCCAACCUCGUUCUGAUGUUGACAUUCACUGUUUACUUCAGAACCAUUCCACGGAAUUCAAAGGGUUCUGAAGGAUCCAUCGUGUUUUUCCUCAAAUGGUAGUCCUUUUUUCAACAGAGAAAGAGAAAGUGAGGAAAAGGGUGCUCAACACACAAAGGGAACUUAAAGUACUUUUAGUCGUGGAACUUUUUUAGUAACUGGUGUUGAACUCUGGACACUUGAGCACUGGAGCUUGACUGGGGACUCACCUGCAGACAGACAGUUCCGUGUGCAUCCUCAGGAUAAGGACAAAGAACUCCCAUUGUUAGAAACAGCACAUUAUCCCUAUAAUGUCUGACAUGCAGGUAGUCCAAAGCCUAACACUCAGAGCAUGUGAACAGAACACAUGGGUCUCCUAUAAUGCCGUGUUAUGAUGAACCACUCUUGUGUGGCUGUACAUACUGUCUUUUUGUAUGCUGAAUUAAAUAAAUAAAUAUUUAUA